AUGAUGUAUCUAGUGUCUACUUGUUUCUUCUUGCAUUUGUUUUGUGUUGAAACUAAUCAAAAGCAUUCCAUAUUAUUGAAGACUCAAGACAACAUCAAAGAUUUAGGAUACUGGCUAUCACCAACUUCAACUCUUUUGUUCCUACUACAAAGUACAAUCAAAGCAAGUGGUUCACCUUAUAAGUCUCUACAUCGUAAUCGCGGUUCACCUACCACAUUGUUUGGUAGAAUGACACAAAAAAGUUUAUUUAACCUUGAAGGUUUCUAUUUUGUGGUGCUUGGAAUCAUUUUGUUAGGAGCUGGUUUCGGAUAUUGGCUGGUGAGGAAAUAUAUUAUUUCUGAAGAUGGAGAAGUUGAUGUUGGAGUUGCAAUCACAUGUAUUAUCCUGAGCACGAAAGACACCCCUUUGGCAAUGGCUACAGUGGGGUCUUAUUUGGGUGUAUACUACAUGAUCACGAAGAUUGUAAGGAAAAUGUCAUGUAGGAUCUAUGCAACCCUCAAAGAGCUCAGCCUUGCCCUAAAGUUGCUUAUGAAACAACAACUGCUUUGCAGAUUUGCUCUUGAUAUUGACCUUGAUGCUCCAAAAAUUAGAAUUCCUAUAAGAUUAAAUGCCUCAUCAAAGUAUAACAGUCAUUUUCGUUUGGAUUUUGGUCAUUUUACAUUGAGGAAAGAGCUCCUUCUACCUACAUUCGUCUCCAUCUUUCUCAUCGUCCCUUCACUAAUGCCGGUGAAAACCCCAAUACAAUUGGACCAGAUCAUCAAGCUGUAUGAAAUCAAGCCGAUGCCAAAAAACCAUCAAGCUUGA